AAAGUAUUUAAAAAUAUUUGAAAAUUCUUAUACAUUCAUUUUGUAAUGUUAAAGAAAAAUUUGUUCAUUCGUGAUGUUCAUUUAAAAUUGUUAUCUCAUGUUUCUGCUAUUUAAUCAUUAUUAAUUUAUCAUUAACUAGUUUAAAAUUGAAAAAUCAAACCAAACAUGUACUAUUUUUUUUUAUUUGAUUUAAUUUUAAAAUCAAUUAAAUUGAUUUGAUUUUAAUUUUAAUUCCAAAGAAGCUAUAAUGAACCGACACCGAACAUAGUUCGGCUAAUUGCUACUACGUAGAAAUUAAUUAGGGUGAUCAAAAAUAAAAAACAAAAGAGUUAAGAGUAAAUUAGUAGUGGAAUAUCAAACCAUGAUGAAUCUCAAACAACUGGCAAUUGAGCUAAGCAAAACCCUACAGGAAGGGGAAAGAAUUGUAGCACCAACACCACGCUCUAACGGAAUUUAGGGAAGAAGGAAAAGCGUCAACAGAUUUGCCGAGAUCUGGCAAGGGCUGAUGUUCUCUCCUUGGUCUGCUGGUUGUCGGAGGUGGUAGAUCUGGAUCGUCGGUCGACGGUCAUCGUGAUGGGGUCGCUGGAUUGUAGCUGACAGGUGGCGGCAGUGCAAUGAAAAAACACAGGGAGGGAGAGGGGGUAGGGGUAGGAGGGGAGGGGGUGGGGGAAGAGGUACUGGGGGAAAUCGUACCUGCUCACUGGUUGUGGUGGGUGGUCAGGGCAGCGGUAUACAGUGGAGAGUGCUGGGUGAUCUGCCAGUGCGUGGAACCACCCUUUGGAGAACUGGGCCACUUGGAAAGCCAGUGCUCUGCAAUGCAUGUGGAACAAGAUAGCGGACAAGGGGAGCACCAGAUGACUAUAUUCCCAGACAUGGAAACAGAGAAAUACAGGUUUCUGGACAGGAUGGCUCUUCAGCGUGUUUUGAAGAGGAAAUGCAUAACAUCUCAAGCUUCGGUUCAGCAGGAUCAUUCUCACUCAACUGCAACCAGAUGGAAGAUACAAAUGGAAAUUCCUUUCGUUUCUAAUUAUUGUGACGUGCUUCUCAAAUUUUGCAAUGUCAAAUCACGUUGAGGGUGUUACCAAAUAAGUUGUAGGGAAGCAAUCACUAGAUGAUACUCUAUUAUAAACUAAAUGUUGGAUUUCUUUCUUACUCAUUGGCCAUUAAUCAUAGUGUCUCCCCAAAGCUUCAAAAACUUACUUCCCUUUACACAAUGAAUUGGCAUUGACAAACUUCAGGAAAUUUAGAUUUUCAAUAAAAAUAUGAACUGACCAUACAAGAUAUAUAUGAGCUUAGCUACCCGCCCCGAAAAAAGAUCUAUUGUAUUAGUACUUUAUUGGUUUAUGUGCACUAACGUUCACCUUUUGUUAGGCGAAGCAGGCAAAGAUCUUCUCUGGAAUCCUGUUAGUGUCCCAAAAAGGAUGAGAUCAGAGCUUCGACGUCGCAUUUUGUCACCUGCUGAAAGACUCCUGAGGCAACUUUAUAACAAUCAACAGGAAUCAGACUUUGAAGAUAUAGUUGUUGAUGACAAAACUGUUACGCUAAUCUAUGCAUCGAACAAAUACAUUCCUCCUAAUGAGAUUGGUCUUGAAGCUAUGCUACUCGUAUCACCAACUACUACUGCAGAACGCUCGGUAUCUCCAUCUCAAAAGGUAGACGAUAAUGCCUCUUUCUCAAUGAAUAUUCUUGUAGAGAAGCCGCUCGUGUCACCAACUACUACUACAGAAUUCUCGGUGUCCGUCUCCAAUGGCAGAAGAUUAUGCCUCUUUCUCAAUGAAUGUUUCAGUAGAGAGGCCGCUCGUAUCACCAACUACUACUCUAGAACUUUCGACAUCUCUAUCCCCGGUGGAAGAAGAUAAUGCUUAUUUCUCAAUGAAUGUUCCUGUAGAUAAGCCACUCAUUUCACUAACUACGAUUACAGAAUGCUCGAUAACUCCAUUUCCGAUGGCAGAAGAUAAUGCAACUUGCUCGAUGAAUGUUCCUGUUGAGAAUUUAUAUCUGUAAGUGAAAUUUGUGAUGCAUGCAUAAGGUUCUAGCUGGUAUGUGACGCCACGUCUUAUUGUCUAGCUAGUGCAACGUUGGUUAAAAACAGUUUGGGGACAUCCAGUAAAGUUGGAACUGCCCAAAUUGUUUUUUAACUAACAUUGCACUAGCUAUACAAUAAGACAUUCCCUUACAUACCAGCUUGAACCUUAUGCAUACAUCUCAAAUUUCACUUGUAGAUUUGAAUUCUCCACAGGACCAUUCAUUGAGUGAGUUGCAUUAUCUUCUGCCACUGGAGAUGGAGAUGCUGAGCGUUCUGUAGUCGUUGUUGGUGAUACGAGUGGCUUCUCUGCAGGAACGUUCAUUGAGAAAUAAACAUUAUCUUCUUCCAUCGGGGAUAGAGAUGUCGAAAGUUCUGUAGUAGUAGUUGGUGAUACGAGCGGCCUUUCUACAGGAACAUUCAUUGAGAAAGAGGCAUAAUCUUCUGCCACUGGAGAUGGAGACCGAGCUUUCUGGAGUAGUAGUUUGUGAUACGAGCGGCUUCUCUAUAGGAACACUCGUUGAGAAUGAGGCAUUAUUGUCUAUCUUUGGAGAUGGAGAUGCCGAGCGUUCUGUAGUAGUAGUUGGUGAUACGAGCAGCAUAGCUCCAAGACCAAUCUCAUUAGGACAAAUGUAUUUGUUCGGUGCAUAGAUUAGAGUGACAGUUUCGUCAACAACUAUAUCUUCAAAGUCUGGUUCCUGUUGAUUGUUAUAAAGUUGCCUCUGGAGUCAUUCAACAGGUGACAAAAUGUGAUGUCUAAGCUCUGAUCUCAUCCUUUUUGGGACACUGCCAAGUCCUUAUAAAACAACGUAUUUUCCGAUCUACGCCUCUUGCAAGAUGCUGGGUGGCAUGGAACUACUGGUAAUUAAUAGCGGCACAUACCUGACCUGCAUCGGAAGUGACAUAAAAAAGACAGCUGAAUCAAGAUGUCGAUGAAAGGAUUCCAGAGAGGAUAUCUUUGCCUGCUUCGCCCAACAAAAGGUGAACGUUAGCGCACAUAAACCAAUAAGGUAUUAAUACAAUAGAUCUUUUUUUGGGGUGGGUAGCUAUGCUUUUAUAUAUCUUGUAUAGUUAAAGUGUAGUUGGACGCAUCAGUUCAUAUUUUAUUGAAAAUCCAAAUUAGCUGAAAUUUGUCAAUGUCAAUUCAUCGUGUAAAGGGAAGUAAGGUUAUGAAGCUUUGGGGAGACACUAUUAUUAAUGGCUAAUGAGCAAGAAAGAAAUCCAAUAUUUGGUUUAUAGAGUAUUAUAUAGUGAUUGCUCCCUACGGCUUAUUUGGUAAAAUACUGAAUGUGAUUUGACAUUGCAAAAUUUUACAAACACAUCACAUAAUUGGUAUCAAGAUGGCUACUUUCUGGCUCAUUUUAAUAUGCCGGUGGUCUCCUGAUGUAUUUGAACUCUACAGAGAAUGAUUGGAAAAAUCAGAAUGAUUGGAAAAAUCAGAUAUUGAAUCCUCAUAGGCUGCUCUCAAAUGUCUCGAGUCGGACACGUCUUAUAAGAUUAAAGUUUGGGCAUCCGGAGUUACUUCUAUAGCCUCUUGCUAGCUGUAGUUUUAAAUGGAGUGAUUUUUACUUGGUCUCAGAAAUACUUCUUGACCAGUAGUCAGUUUUGGCAAUAAUAACUUUGGCAUUCAGACCUCAGUAUGUGUGUAAGGUGUUUAAAUUAUUUGACUGUUCAUGUAACUGAUUUUAUGUAAAACCUUUUACCAAAGUAUUUUGUGGCAACUUCAUAUUUGUUCUUUGA